AUGAUACUUAUGACUUGGAUUCAAAUCUUAACAUACUUAAAUCUCGCUAUUCUUCUUCCUGACGGAGCGUGUUUCACAUGGAUACAAGAGCCAGAGAAACCAACUCAAGCUCAUCUGGGUUCAAGAACUGUCCUCCGAUGGAGCUUUGAGUCUGUUGAUGACACCUUUUUGUUUCUCUUGAUAUCUAAAAACAAUUCCUUGUAUGGUGAACCAAAACAGCGGGAAAUUGUAACAAAACUGGCAAACGGAACCAUAUACAUUUAUGAUGAGUUCAAAGAUCGCGCUGAGUUACUAAACCAGACUACACUUGUUCUAACUGGAAUACGAAAUGAUGACGAUGGAAACUACUGCUGUCAAGCUUUCUUCUUACAAGGAAUGUACACAAGCUGCGUGGAUUUACUUGUGCUAGGCCACAAACCGAUGAACACAUCAUUUAUUUCCUGUUCUGCUGAUAACACAGUGUGGGUAAAUGAUGGCAUUGUUUUCAGCUGUUCCUCAAUUAGCAGUCCAUCUCCUGCAACAUAUGUCAUAUACCAUAACGGCAAGAAAAUAAAGAAAAACAGAUCUGGAUAUCACAAGAUAUGUAACGUCAAGCGACAGCAUGCCGGUAAUUACACUUGUCAACCAAGGAACACUUUUGGGAACGGGGAAAGUAAGAGCAUCCGUUUAACUGUGUAUGAAAAGCUGGCUGUGCAUGCGAUUCCACGUUGGCGGAAUGUGACAGAGGGGCGUGCUGCACGUUUUGAGUGCAGCGCCGCAGGAAGCCCACCACCCAACAUUACAUGGACAUCCCUGUCCACUGGAAAAGUUUACAGCGGAGGUCUCCUGUUGAUAAAGUCUGUCCAGCGAAAUGACACAGGAGAUUAUCAGUGCUCGGCUUCUAAUGGGCUAUCGGCACCCACCAAAGACAUCGUGUUUUUGAACGUACUCUACCCCCCGACAAUCACCGACACCGCGGGGCCAAACGUCAAUGUUAAGGAAGGUUACAAGCUCACCCUCUAUUGUCAUGGUAACGGAAACCCUCGACCAGUUUUUACCUGGAAAUUGUUGGGUACCAAUCAAACGUUUAGCGGUGGAGACGAGCGCAAUAUUAUGUUGAAUGCACAGAAGUCUCACGCUGGAGUUUACCUUUGCACGGCGAGCAACUUCUUGGGAAACGUCUCCAAAACAAUUACAGUAAAUGUCUGGUCAAGUCCAGUUCGUCCAAUCCUAACCCAUUUGGAAUGCGGAAGUUCUUUCAUCCGAGUCUCAUGGAAAGUCCUUUCACAAGAAGAGGGGAGUUUUGUUAUAAGUUACGUGGCUCAAGCGAUCGACCAGGACAACCCCAGAAAUGUUUUUAACUGUUCUGACAUAACUAUCAAUCACUGCAUCAUUAAAGGACUCCAACCAAACACAACCUACUUGGUUCGAGUGUACUCAACAAAUGUGGCUGGACAUGGUGUUUCUGAGUACGAGAGAAUUACGACAAAAGGGGAAGGGACAAAGAAGCAACAAGGAACAGACAACAAAACAAAUGAAGGACUUUCGACCACUACGUUGAUGACAGUGCUAGCAGCUGUUGGAAUAGCCAUUUUCGUUGUACUCAUUGGGACACUGAUUGCCGUGAGGCGCACAAGGUCUGUUGGAAAAGGAACAGUUUCGAACAAUUGAGUCCCAGGCGUUUCAGUUUCGACUUUGGUGUUGAUAAUCAAUCGGACACAAAAGACAUAUCACUACGCUAACAAUACUG